AUGGCAAACAUACAAGAGUCGAUGAAACAGAAAGAGAGUGCGAAUUUGGAAGAUGCCCCAAACACGCCCACGCUCAGAAAAGCAAGGGCAGAGUAUAAGCUGCCACAGCCUGGCGAUAUAAUUGGUGGAUACGUGCUGAGCGAAAAGAUAGGUCAAGGCAGUUUUGGAAUUGUCUUUGAAGGGCGCGGCGUAGAUAGCACGCGGAAGUUGGCCAUAAAGAUAGAGAUGCACUCUGAAAACAGAUACUCCCAGCUGGAGAACGAGUACAAUGUGUAUAUGAAGUUGGGCGCAGCCGAGGGCUUUCCGUACAUAGAGUGCUUUGGGCAGUGCAGGUUCUACAAGUAUCUGGCCAUGGAGUAUUUGGGGAUGAGCCUGGAAGAUAUGCUGGCAAUUCGCAACAGAAUGUUCAGCGUGAAAACUGUAUAUAUAAUUGCCAAAAGAAUGGUAGAUCAAGUUCAGAAGCUGCACGCAAUAGGGUAUGUCCACAGGGAUCUUAAGCCAGACAACUUUCUCAUUGGGAGAGACCCCAGGAAAAUAUUUCUGAUCGACCUGGGGAUGGCAAAAGAGUUUGUAAAGCACGGGCAGCACUCGUACAACGGCACAGGGAAGAAGCUAACUGGCACGCCCAGGUAUGCCUCUGUGAACGCGCACAAAGGGUACGAUCUGGGGAGAAAAGACGAUUUGGAGUCAAUUGGGUACAUUAUACUCUAUCUGCUGAAGGGGAAGCUCCCUUGGCAGGGCCUGAAGGAGUCGAAGCGAGAGAAGUGCAGGAUAAUUGGGGAAAUGAAAAGCGAAAUGAAGAUCGAGGAGGUGGCAAAAAACAUGCCUGGGGGGAAGCAAAUGGUGGAGUAUUUUCGGUACGUUGAAACCGUUAAGUUUGACACAGUUCCCGACUACAAGUAUCUUAUGGGGCUGUUUGACAGCGCCCUGAGCGCGCACGGGCUGUCGGACGAUGGGGUGUUCGAGUGGGAGCACGUCUUCAAAGGGUACACAGAGAACAUUUCCAACGACAGCCUGGACGAAGAAGUCGUCAAAAAGAAGUCUGUGUGGAGGUCUUUGAAAAGGCUGUUUUGCUGCGGCCUUUUUUGUACCAGAUGA